ACAAUAACAUUGUAACAGUUGCCAUGGAGAGGAGAGUUAGUAGAGCCAAUAGCCCUUAUGCAUAUUCCAUGAUCGAACACACUUUCUACCGGUGUGGCGAUUUCCGGUCAGUCUAGAUGUUAUCGACGAUAUAACGUUACUACCACUAUGUCGCCGUUUUUUUACUAGGCGUCUUCAGGACUUGCCUCAAAUUAAUAUUAAUGAUGUACAUCGAAUUGUUAAAUCAGCCUCCGAGACUCCAGCUAGCAAGAAUGAAAAGGGGUUCCAGAUGUAUAUAGGAAGCUACAUAGACAACUAUGAAGAUGGUGUUAAAGCACUCCGUACCAGUGAUGGUGGUCCAAAGCCACUGCUCCUGUGUUGCAGGAAGUGCUAUGUGCAAUCAUCUGCUGGCCCUUCUUUACCAGACAGCGCACUGCUCUCAACUAAACAUUCUUGCUGCACCACCAGUUCAAAGCAGCACAGACACAGAACAGUGUUGGCACAAGCCAAGAACACUUAAGUUCUCUCUACAAAGGGCUCAAUGGAUACAUGCCUGACAUGGACCUUCUCCGCGUCUCAGAAACAUAUGACAACUUUUCUCCACUUACUGCCACUCUUGUGACAACAAUGGAAAUGUCAGCUGACGUGCCCCGGGUUGAGUCCGCCUUUGGUCCAGUGCAAGCCGGCAGUGUUCUCUCCUAUCAGCUUCCACAGCCAAAGACCCGUGAAAUUGUGAUGAUUGCCGAUGCCCCUUCUCCACCAAAACUUCCAUUAGAUGGCUACAGGCUUCUGUCUUCCCAGUGUGCUUACGUCCUUAGCCAUCAGGAGCAGUUCCAUCUCAAGGCAUUAGAGACAACCUAUGAGAUGUCACAGAAAGUCGAGGUUGCUACAAGGGAGCAGAGCAGUAGCCCGGAAUGGCAUCAGCUCAGGAAAAUGAGAAUAAAAUCCUCUCGUUUCCGAAAGGUUUGCCAUGUCCGGGGAGAGACCUCAGCUGACCACCUAGCUGAGCGGAUGUUCAAGGGAUCUGGUAUGCAGACCAUGGAGAUGAAGAGGGGGCUAGCCAUGGAGCCAGUGGCUGUACAGGAGUACUGCACACUGAAGAAUGUUAACUUCUUUCCGUGUGGCUUCGUAGUGCACCCAGAUGCUCCGUGGUUAGGAUCCUCUCCAGAUGGAAUCAUAUUUGAUCCCAGUGUGAGACUACACUUUGGACUCUUAGAGGUCAAGUGCCCAAAUGUACCAAGUUAUGUUGACUGCCUUUACCUGAAGAUACAGAAUGGAGAGCUGAAGUUGAAGAGAUCUCAUGCUUACUACUGGCAGGUUCAAGGUCAAUUCCUUCUCACAGGUUGUAGCUGGUGUGACUUUGUCAUCUGUGCACAGGAGGACAUCCUAGUUGAAAGGAUUUCUAAAGAUCUACAGGUUUCAAAAACUAUAAGAGAGAAAGUUGACCACUUCUAUUUUUACCACUACUUGCAGAAGUGUCUAUCUCGCACCUGAAUGGAUCCCCUGCAUGGGUGCCCAGUUGAGUGGUUUUAUGAAAAAUAAGUUAUUGAUGUUCUUGUGAAGAAAUCUACAGUAGAAUAGAUUUGUUAAAAAAUAUAUAUAUUUCUGAAAAUUUUCAAAGGUUCAGUUAAACAAUUACACAUCUCUAA